AAAGUCAGUGAGAGAAGAAGCAUGGAAUCGGAAAGAGUGAUCAGCGGAGGAAUAAUAGCGAAGAAGAGAAGAGAUGGCUCGUAGUAUCUCCUAUGUCACUGGCUCGCAGCUUGUCUCUCUCAAACGCCUUCCAACCAUCGCCGUCGUCGAUGUCAGAGACGACGAGAGGACUCACGACGGUCACAUAUCCGGUUCUCUUCAUUACGCUAGCGACGGUUUCGACCGAAACAUCUCGAAGCUUCUUCACGAUGUUAAAGGCAAAGACACGCUCGUCUUUCACUGCGCUCUAAGUCAGGUUCGAGGCCCAAGUUGUGCAAGGAAGCUUGUCAAUUAUCUUGAAGAGAACAAGGAAGAUGUUGGGAUAAAGAACAUUAUGGUGUUGGAACGUGGCUUCAAUGGGUGGGAAGCUUCUGGUAGACCUGUUUGCCGCUGCAACAAUGUUCCUUGUAAGGAGCAUGAGAAUGCUUGAUCAAAGGCUUAUUCUGGUAGACCCAUCUUACCUGUACUAUCUGCAAACAUUUGUAUACUAAAGAAAAUGUAUGACUAUUAUAAUUACAUCAUUAUAUAAAUCAUAGGUAAGCUGAAUACCUAGUUUCUAUUUUCUUCACCACUUUAUGUUGUAAGAAAUCCUUGAAUGGAGAUUGAUAAAAAUAACAAAGGUAAUUUGAUGAUUAUGGUUGAGAAA